UAAUGCUAUUAUUUUCAAAACCUGUAUUCAUCAAACUGUGACCUAACCAGCUCCUUUUUCCAUCUCUCUCUCCUCUCUCUUGACCCUCCAUUACAACAUAUUUCCAUCUCCUCCUCCAAAUCUAAAUCCAACUUCCUUAUUUUACAAACUCUUUUAGAUCUCUUUACCUCUCUAUAUAUUUUAUUUUCUUUCUCUACUCCUAUUUCUUCUUCAUUUUUUCAUCUUUAUCUUGAUUUUCCUAACUCCCAAACCUUUCUCUCAAACCCUAACUCCUUAAACCACCACAAAUCAAUAUACCCUUUGAAGAGAAGCUCCCAAAGAUGUUGUAGCUCUUCCUUUGAACUUCAAAGACACACUAUAUUUAUAUUAUCUUCAUUUGUUAUUUUCCUUUCAAGAUUUGUUAUUCUUUGAGCUUCACCUCAUAAGAUCUAAUUUUCUACCCCUUGUUAUUCAAGAUUCAUAAGUAUAUAUGGAUCCUAAUUUUGCCCCAAUAAAAGAAGAGUUUCCUGGAUCUAAUGAGACUUCUUCCUUUAUGUGGACUAAUCCUCAACCAAUGGAGGGGCUUCAUGAGAGUGGGCCUCCACCAUUUCUAACAAAGACUUAUGAACUUGUGGAUGAUCCAAACACAAAUGGUGUUGUUUCUUGGAGUAUAGGUAAUAACAGUUUCAUUGUUUGGGAUCCUCAGACCUUUGCCAUGAAUCUACUUCCAAGGUACUUCAAGCAUAACAAUUUCUCAAGCUUUGUCAGGCAGCUCAAUACUUAUGGAUUUAGGAAGGUUAAUCCAGACCAAUGGGAGUUUGCUAAUGAAGGUUUCUUGAGGGGACAAAGGCAUCUCUUGAAAACAAUUAGGAGGAGACAGACAAGUAAUUUCCAUCUUGGCCAAGCUUCAAAUCAAGGUAUAGACUCUUAUAUUGAAUUGGGAAAGCUUGAAUUAGAUAGAGAAAUUGAUCGAUUAAGGCGCGAGAAGCAGGUUUUGGUGAUGGAAUUGGUGGAGCUUAGACAACAUCAACAGACUACAAAAUCAUAUAUCAAAUCAAUGGAAGAAAAGCUUAAGAGAACUGAACAAAAACAGAAACAAAUGAUGAGUUUCUUGGCUAAAGCAAUGGAAAAUCCAAGGUUUUUGGAGCAAAUGAUGCAACAAAAGGAAAGAAGGAAGGAACUUGUAGAAGAAAUUAGGAAGAAGAGAAGGAGGCAAAUUGAUCAUCAAGAUCCUAGCAAUGUUGGACUUGGAGAAUUAGGCCAUAGUGUGAAUAAUAUCGAUGGAAAUGAUGUUAAUAUAAAGAUGGAACCUCAAGAAUAUUAUGGUGAAAUUUAUGGAUUUGAUGAUUUUGAAUUGGAGAGAUCACUUGAUCAUAUGAGCAUGCAAGGACCAAGUGGGAACAGAAUCAAUCUUGAUCAAGAAGACUACAAUAUUGAGAAUGAAGAUUUCGUAAACUUUGAAAGUGAGAAUAAAGCUAUUGAUGAAGGAUUUUGGGAGGACUUGUUGGAUGAAAAUGUUGAAGAUGAUAUCAAUUUACGUGAUAAUAAUAUUGAAGGAGGAAAUGUGGACAUUUUGGCUCAUCAGCUUGGAUUUUUUUAAUACGGCUUUUAUAUGAAUUUCUGAAUCCGCCACUGAUUGAGAGGCAUAAUUGUGUUCUUGUAAACUAGUACUUGAUUAGUAAAUCUAUGAAAUAUGAUUUUUUAUAGGCAAUAUGGCUGUUUGCUGGUGACCCAAUUUGGACAGAGCACUAUCG